AUGAGUCUGGACGAGGACACGCGCUGGCUGGAGUGGGUCACCAAACAGUUUGAGGCCAUCGCUGGAGAGGAUAAGGAGAUCGACCUCGAGGAGUUCAAGACCGCGCUCAAGGUCAAAGAGUCGUUCUUUGCCGAGCGGUUCUUCGCUCUGUUCGACUCCGACGGGAGCAGCUCCAUCAGUCUGGACGAGCUGCUGGGCGCGCUCAACCUGCUGAUCCAUGGCAGCGAGGCCGACAAGCUGAGGUUCCUCUUCCAGGUCUACGACGUGGAUGGCAGCGGCUCCAUCGACCCUGACGAGCUGCGCACCGUGCUGAAGUCCUGCCUGCGGGAGAGCGCCAUCUCGCUGCCAGAGGAGAAGCUGGACGACCUGACGCUGGCGCUGUUUGAGUCGGCAGAUAAGGACCGCAGCGGCGCCAUCACCUUCGAGGAGCUCAAGGCCGAGCUGGAGAACUUCCCCGAGGUCAUGGAGAACCUCACCAUCAGCGCGGCCAACUGGCUGAAGCCCCCCGAGGCAGAGGAGCGGCGGCGGCAGGCCCCCCGCUACCUGACGCGGGCCUACUGGCAGAACAACAGCCGCAAGCUGUUCUUCCUCAUGGCCUACGCCCUCCUCAGCCUGCUGCUGUUCAGCUCCGCCCUGCUGCACCACCGCGGGGGUGGGGUCUGCUACAUGGUGGCCAAGGGCUGCGGCCAGUGCCUCAACUUCAACUGCACCUUCGUCAUGGUCCUGAUGCUGCGCCGCUGCCUUACCUGGCUGCGGGCCACCUGGUUGGUCCGCGUUCUUCCUCUGGACCAGAACAUCCUGCUGCACCAGAUCGUCGGCUAUGCCAUCCUGGUCUUCACCAUGGUGCACACCAGCGCACACAUCCUCAACUUUGCUCACCUGUCCCGGCACACGGGCUACAGCCUGUGGGAGUACCUGCUGACCACGCGGCCGGGUGUGGGCUGGGUGCGCGGCUCGGCCUCCCUGACAGGUGUGGUGCUGCAGCUGCUCAUCGGCCUGAUGGUGCUCUGCUCCUCCACCUUCGUCAGGCGCAGCGGACACUUCGAGGUGUUCUACUGGUCCCACCUGUCCUACGUGUGGGUCUGGUCCCUUCUCGUCGUCCACUGUGCCAACUUCUGGAAGUGGUUCCUGGUCCCGGGUCUGGUGUUUCUGCUGGAGAAGGUCCUGGGCCUGGCCUUCGCCCACAUGGGCGGCCUCUACAUAGUGGAGGUCAACCUGCUGCCUUCCAAGGUGACCCACCUGGUGAUAAAGAGACCCCCGUUCUUCACCUUUAAACCCGGGGACUACCUCUACAUCAACAUUCCGGACAUCGCUACGUACGAGUGGCACCCCUUCACCAUCAGCAGCGCGCCCGAACAGUCUGACACCCUUUGGCUCCAUAUCCGCUCGAUGGGCCAGUGGACAAACCGUCUGUUUGAGUUCUUCAGGCAGCCGGAGACACUGGCUUCCAGCCCCAAGAGGCUGGCCACCAGCCUCCGCAACAAGAGGCAGCUGGUCCAGACCCAGGAGCAGAAUUUCUGGGCCACGGUCUCCAACGGCACCGUGGCAACCAAUGAGGACGAGGCUGUGGAGCUGACCAUGUACCGUCAGAGGAGCUCUGGAGCUGCUGCCUCAACGGGGGCAGAGGUUCCCCCUGGGGUCCAGGCAGCCCAGGGGGAAGAAGGAGCCAAGGGGGAAGAGACCCUGACCCAAGACCAGCUGGACCACAUGGAGAAAGGAGAGGGACCACAUCUGAGAGAGAUCCCAGCCAAACUGGGGGACAACCACCAGCUCUGCAACAUCAAGUGUUAUGUUGAUGGGCCGUACGGAACGCCCACCAGACAGAUAUUUGCGUCAGAGCACGCUGUGCUGAUCGGGGCAGGGAUUGGCAUCACCCCCUUUGCCUCCAUCCUCCAAAGCAUCAUGUACAGGUAUCGGAGGAGGAAGCAGAAUUGUCCGAACUGCAGCUACUCCUGGUGUGAAAACAUAAUAGACAGCGAUAUGAAGUUACGGAAGGUGGACUUCAUCUGGAUAAACCGAGACCAGAAGUCCUUCGAGUGGUUUGUCAGUCUGCUCACUAAACUGGAGAUGGACCAGGCUGACGAAGAGCCAGAUGGCCGCUUCCUGGAGAUGCACAUGUACAUGACGUCAGCACUCAGCAAGAACGACAUGAAGGCCAUCGGCCUCCAGAUGGCGCUGGACCUGCUGGCUAAGAAGGAGAAGAGAGACUCCAUCACCGGGCUGCAGACCAGGACCCAGCCCGGCCGACCCGACUGGGCCAAGGUGUUCCAGAAGGUGUCUGAGGAGAACAAGGGGAAGGUCCACGUGUUCUACUGCGGCGCUCCGGCGCUCGCCAAGACCAUCAAGGCCCAGUGUGAGCACUUCGGGUUCCACUUCUACAAGGAGAACUUCUGAAGCACGCGCUGUUGUUCCUUCUUUUUGUGUGUGUUUUCCUUUGUGUGUGUGAUUGUGUGUGUGUGUGUGUG